AUGGCGUCGCAGCCGGACCAGCCCCCUACCGACUCAGGCCCUUCUGAAGUCCGAAACGAAGUCAAAAAGCCCAAGAAAAAGAAGGUUCUCCUCAUGGGCAAAUCCGGAUCUGGCAAGUCCUCCAUGAGAAGCAUCAUCUUCAGCAACUACAUUGCCCGAGAUACUCGACGACUCGGUGCCACCAUCGACAUCGACCUGUCUCACGUCAAAUUUCUUGGCAACCUCACCCUCAAUCUCUGGGACUGCGGCGGGCAAGAAGCCUUCAUGGAGAACUACCUUUUCCAACAGCGCGUCCACGUCUUCUCCAACGUCGGCGUCCUCAUCUACGUCUUCGACAUCGAGUCGCGCGACGUAGACCGUGACCUGGCAACCUACGUGUCUAUACUCUCCGCCCUGCUCCAAUACUCCCCGGCCGCCAAGAUCUACAUCCUCAUACACAAAAUGGAUCUCGUGGUUCCCACCUCUCGCGAAACCGUCUACGACGAGCGCGUGCGCACCGUCAAGCAAAAGACCACCGAAUACGUCAACUCUGUCGGUGGCGACGCGAGCACCGUCGAACUGACGCCCUUUGCGACAUCCAUUUGGGACCAAAGCUUGUACAAGGCUUGGGCGUCCAUUAUUCACGACCUCGUGCCGAAUCUGGCUGUUAUUGAGCGGAACCUCGCCAAUUUGGGCGUGGCCAUCGAAGCAGAAGAGUUGCUGCUGUUCGAGCGGACGUCGUUCCUGGCAGUGUCGUCGUGGACGUCGACCGAGGGACGGCGGAAUCCGACAGAGGAUAGGCUGGAGCGCAUGUCGAACAUUAUGAAGCAUUUCAAGCAGAGCAUUUCGCGUUUUACGGGAACGCCUAGAAAUGCAGAGCAGUUUAUUCGCAUGGAGCACAAAGCCGGCACGCGCUUCAAUCUGUUCAUUUUGAAGUUUACGACGAAUACCUACCUCAUGGUGGUGCUCCCGUCGGGCGAGGCUAGAUUCAACGCGGCCAUGCUGAAUUGUCAGAUUGCAAUUGAGCACUUCAAGUUUCUGGAUGGCCCUGCUGCACAUGCCGUGCCCGCGGCAGUAGUGCCCGCUGUGUCGUCAUAG